AUGUCGAGAUCUGGUGUUUCCGUUGCCGACGAAUCUCUGCAAGCAUUUAACGACUUGAAAUUAGGUAAGAAGUACAAGUUUGUCCUUUACGGAAUCAGUGAAGACAAGACCACCAUUGUGGUUAAAGAAACUUCUACAAGUCAAUCCUACGAUGAAUUUUUAGGUAAGUUGUCAGAAAACGAUUGUUUGUAUGCCAUUUACGAUUUUGAAUAUGAGAUUGGUGGCAACGAAGGUAAGAGAUCCAAGAUCGUUUUCUUCACCUGGUCUCCAGACACUGCACCAGUUAGAUCUAAGAUGGUUUACGCUUCUUCUAAGGAUGCAUUGAGAAGAGCAUUGACUGGUGUUUCUGCUGACAUCCAAGGUACUGAUUUCUCUGAAGUCUCCUACGAAACUGUUUUGGAAAGAGUCAGCAAGGGCGCUGGUUCUCAUUGA